GACUGUGGUGUGAAGCUAGUGGCUCAUUCAGUGAACUCACGGAGGGGGCACACCAUGUGCUGUGGCUAAACUCGGGGACUGCAAAACCCACUUCCAAACCGGCCGGAAUAGUACAUCUGUUUGAUUGGAUUCACCACUUUUUAAUGAACAAUUCCCGGAAAGCAGUAUUAUCACGAGGAAGUUCUCUGGUGGGGAUGUUUCAUAACUAAUCCGGUGAUUGCCACAUUUAUCUCUGUUGUGUCCUGCUAUGAUGUUUAUUGGUUGUUUACCACUUACGUGACAUGGUGACACUCAUGGCCAAAAUUUAAUGACUACAGCAAAGUAACGUCUUCCUGGAUUGGCUGAUUGUGUCUUUUUCUCUGAGCACGAAAGACUGACCAGAAAUCCACAAAAUGGAGGAGUUGUGGAUAGGAGUUUCCUGAGUCCUUGUCUAAAAAUAACUCUUCGGAUGUGAAUUGUGAUAAAUACUCGGGAGUUGUUUUCAAUCGAGCAAAACUUGAUGGAGUUGUGAAAAAUCAGCAGAGCUUCUUGAUGAGUCCUUGUCUAAAAAUAACUGUUAGGCUGUGAUAACUACUUUGGAGGUUUUUUUUGUGAUGUAGCCGCAGUCUAUGGAAUUGUUAAUAUUAAAGAUCAGCGGAGGUGUUUCAUUAAUAAUUCGCUUCCAUAGUCAACGAUCUGCCGGUACCAGCAAAAUAAACUCUUGUGAUGUGUUGGAACGUAGGAACCAGUUCUGUUGAAUGUUGAAAUUGAAAACCUGAAGCUUUGGUGGGAAUAGAUAUAAGUUUCAACAAUUUUAGUCUCUCUGUACUUUCAUUUUGUUCGUUGAGAAUUUUGAAUGAAAGAUACAUUCCCGUGAUCCUGAAGUUGAACUUUGACGGUUGCUUAAACUAAAGUUUGAUCAGCUGUGAUGAAACUAUUGUCCCCAGCGACGAGGCGCAACGGUUCGUUAAGCCAACAGAGCACUUUCAGUUAUGCAAGCACAUCACCUACAAGUACAGGACCCCUUCUCCCCACCGGUCAGCCCUACCCCCACGGCAGCACCCCCUUAUCAAGUAUGCCGGGCAGCAUAACGCCUCCAUCCAGUAACGUUCUCGUAGACACUACUAACAAUCGCUACUCCUCGGACUCCACCGCGUCCGCUAGCUCUUCCGGUAACUGGUCUAACAGAGAGAGCGUGGACCCGAUGCACAACCAGUCGUACAGGCACGGUUACUACCAUCCGGCCGGCAGCAAUGCUGGACUGUCGUCCCCGCCACCCCCUCCCCCUCACCAAUCCCCGCCUAUGAACGGCUCGGUGCCUUAUGGGAUACCGGAGGACAGGCCGUAUCCUCCGGCACCUGAUCAUUACCAUGGUAACAUGGUUGGUAGUCCGCCCAGGGCCAUGGCUGGUAGCCCGCAGCAUAUACCCUCGCCAACAAAUGAUCAGUCCUACCAGCGGAUGUCGCCCCAGCAUCCCUUGUCGCCACGGCGACUGCAUCCAGAUGCGGGUCGGCAGCUGGAGAACGGCGUCUGGCUGAAGCAGGGAGGAACCGGUAACGGCCAGGUCAAUCAGGACUACUCCGGAGAGGAGAGCGGAGUCGAUGUAAGCUCAUCCACUGAGAGCAUGGAGAAAAGGAGCUAUGGAGGCAUACACACCCCGGGUAAUGUCCCAACCAUCCACAUGAACGUGAACUCCAAGCCGUUGGCCUACUCACAGCCCUUCCAUAGCUUUGAGAACGUCUUGGGUGACAGGGACGUCUUCAGAUCUCUAGCAGGCAAUCAGCGUCCCCAUAGCGACGGUUCCUCCGAUAUCAAGAUGGAUAUCAUGAGACAUCAAGACAUUAAACCGCAGUAUCAGGGCAAGGAUGCUGACAGGAUAUACGAAUGGCUGCGAAGGCAGCGCAUGCCGGAGUACACCAACAACUUCACUAAGGCUGGAUACGACAUGCCCACCAUUGCCAGGAUGACACCCGAGGAUCUGACGGCCAUUGGAGUUACUAAGCCUGGUCAUCGGAAGAGAAUAUCGGCCAUGAUUAGCCAACUCAACGAACCUGACGGGAUACCAAACUACAAACCGCCUGACGUGGUGAUGUGGCUGAAGUUACUAGACUUGUACCAGUACUACAACACCUUUUUGAGUAACAGCUAUGGCACGAUGGACGCCGUGUCCGAGAUCACGUGGGAAGACCUCCAGGAGAUGGGCAUCAACCAAUUAGGUCACCAGAAGAAGUUUACCUUGGCAAUAAAGAGGUUACGGGAUCUCCAAAAGCAGGCCACGCGGGUCCUAGCGUCCGCCCAGCAAGCAGGCAGUGCUGGCAGCGACAAUGACAGUACCUCCCCGCACUCCUCCAACGAUGGGGCCUACCACCACUACCAGCACCCUAACACUCUGAUGUUGGCUCAGAUGGGCCAUCGGACGUCCCCCUUGCAGUCGCCGGACAACACCAUGGUGAAGAAAAGAUCAGGACUCCGCAGCAGCCAAGAGAGUCUAGGUAGCGACGGCAGCAACAAAUCCAGUGGGUCCCAUGGCUCCCAUGAGCAGGCCUACCCAAAGAAGAUCGUCCACUUGAAGCAGCUGUCGGAGACCAGGGAAGCCAGUUACGUCCCGACCAGCUUGAAAGUCUCUUCCACAGGGACGCAACCGGACCACAAAGUACCCUCACCAGAGGGGGACAAAGCAGCUGUCUCAAGCACAUUGCAGACGUUCUCAACAUUCAAGCAGCCGCCCGUCACCACAGCAGCAGGGGGAACAUUUAAGAUCCCUGCUGUUCCUAGGGACAGGAGAUCAAACGAUAGUCUGGAACGGGUCCUGGUUGCGCAAGGGAGCAAUUAUGAUCCCUACAGUGGUGCGUCGAAAAGAAAUUCCAUCGAGGGCGGUUCGAGUAUAGGAUCGAGUGGCUCUGGGGAUGGUUCCGUUAAAAUGAAGCGAUCCAAUCCCCCGGCCCCACCAAAGAGGACAAACUCUAUUAGGACAGUUGACGAGGAGCAAUUGAAAACGGCCACGAUUGGACGGAAGAAAUCUCUGAAACAGUUCCGGGAAGAGAUGGCGGCUGGAAACAUGAACAAGACAGUUGAGCUUCCGGAAGGAUAUGCCACGAUCAAGAGAUCAGGUACCCGGAAAACCUCAACGUUGAACAGAUCGGCUUCCCAAGAGGGAGACUAUCCUGCCGGGAGUACUGGGGGAACCAUUGGGCCCCCUUUACCACCCACGGUACCUGCCAAUGCCCAGGGAAGCAUUAGUGACGGCUCAGAUGGUAGCACAAUUAUAACAGGUGCACCCAAUCAGCCAAGUCCCAGCACAUUUAGUGGCAAUAAGACUCUUGAUGAGACACCACAUCCGGUAGUAAAUUACAGCGCUUAUGGCAUCACCAACCAACCUGUACUCACACCUGUGCAUCAUCAUCCGCAGCAGCAGCAGCAGCAGCAGCAGCCAAACCAACUAUCCGGAACAUACGCUCAGACCAGCAUGCCAAGUCAAACCACUUCAGUGCCCACAAGUCCUGUUGCAGCGCAGCAACCCUCAUGGACAAAUCAACAGACACCGCACUCUAGAGAUAUGGGAAUGACAAACGUAUCGAAAUCUGUUCCAUCAUCAGCUACGUCAACACCUUCCCACAAUCCCACCCCUGUGAAGCCAAAUGCUGCCCUGUUAGCAGAAAUGCAGCAGUCGAUAGCGGCAAGUAUGCCUCCAGGCAUGCGAUUAAACCCCCACAGCUCAGUUAAAAAGGCUCCAGAGUCACCCUUCACAUCCAAUGCAACUACAAAAAGUACUCUGCAGUCUUCAGCAGUUCCCAAUCAGCUUCCCGGAAACAAGGCUGACGAUAAAGCACCUACCCAAAGAGACUCCAGUGGAGUAGCUUUCAGGUCAUCAGAUGAUGCAGGGGAGAGUCAACCGCGACCAUCAUCUGGAGGAACAUUCAAAAUUCCCCAGAGUCUACCUCCUCGUGCAGGUAGUAACAGGCCAUCCUCAGGUGAGCUUCUUUUAAACACCAGUCGAAGACCUUCAUCAGGAGGCUUCAAAUUAGGCGUUGAUGUUGAACUGGAGAAGCAAACCCAAAAUAAGGCACAGCAGGUAGAAGUCAGUAUGCGCGAGGGUGUCCACAACAGCUCCCAGAGGCCUCCUUCAACAGGCAGCACUGGAAGCGGUGGAAGUGGUAGCACAGAUAGUAGCUCCAACAAACAAGACCGGCCCAGCAACAUGGAACUCCUCUGGAAGAGGAUGUCCCAGGAAGGGGAGGAAAAUGCCCCAAUCAUCCAACCAGCUCUCUCCAAACCAUUGGAAGGCAUCUGGCGGCCAAAAUCACGCCACUAUGAGCUUGUGGGUCAGCCGGAGGACCAAAACCAGGCCGAUUCCUCCAGUGAGGGGGAAGGCAGUAACCUCAAGAUUCAAACCAAAGCUACUUUCCGUUCGCUGAAGAAGCAGUUCUUGGAUCAGAACUCCACGCCUAUCACCUACCACACUCUGAAGAGGCCUGCCAAGAAGCCCGAUCCCAACUUCUUUGAGGAGGAUUUCCGGCCCAGGUCAAAGUCAUUCACAGACCUUGAUGAGUACAAUCAGUCACCCGUGGCUAAGGACGCUCCUGUUGACUUUGAGACUUUUGUCGCCAGAGAGGAAGCUCUGCAGCAGCCUGACUUUGAUACGAAUAUUGAGAGUCAACCUCCUAGCUCAGAGUCUAGAUCCUAUACCUCUCCAAGAAACUCGCCUCAAAACACACGGACCCAAAACUCGCCCAUUAAAUUGCCCUUCCCGGAUAACGGAGGCCCUGCUCAGAAACCUGUCAGCCUGCCAGGACUUGUAUCAAAUUAUGGUGCUAAGAACUCAGACAGUAAUAACGGUGGCUUCCAUGAUCAAGUACUUAAUAAUCAUGCACCUCUGCCCACUGUUGCCCCUCCUAAGGUACCACCUCCACACAUUGCUCCUCCUAAGGUGCCCCAACUUCAAAGUCUCCCACCUCAAGCCCCGCCACCACCGCCUCCGGUUCCCCAGUUCGAAGCCCCUCCACCCAAGGUUCCUUCCCCUGAGGAGCAAUCCUCCGAAGUUCCCUCACAAAAAGUGUCCCCGCAGCAAGUACGUCCUCCAAAGGUGUCUCCAAAAGCCCCACGUGUCAAGUCUGCAGCCCAGCUGCCACUGCCUGCUCAACAAGAGAUGAUGCCACCUCCUCCUCCAGUGGAUGAUUUACCCCCGCCCCCUCCCCCACCCCCACCAAAUGAUGACCUCCCACUGCCUCCCCCACCAUCUGAAGACUUUGACCUUCCCCCGCCACCAGAUGAGGCAGGCCUUCCUCCCCCUCCCUCACUACAGACCAACACACCUACUUACUCCAACAAUUUGCCAGCACCUCCUCAAUCGAUGCAGCAAGCAUCUCUGAAACUGUCCAGGCAAGCAGGAGGUCCACAAACAGCCCCCAAAACCAAAUCCAGCGCCGGCAAGAAGAAAUCGUCACACAGAGCACCUGUCGUGUCUGAGGGAUGGGAGUCAAACUCCGAUACCAUCAAGCGGAAACCUUCACCUGUCUUAUCCCUUCCCCAGGACAAUGCAACUGAAGCACCAAAUACAAGUGCACACCCUAAAGAACCUAAAUCCAGUCACAGUCUCUCAGAGAAAAGGAAAAAAGCCCCUGUGAAGGUGCCUGAAAAAACAGUCAAAUCACCGUCCAGGACAGGGAAGGCUCCAGUGAAAGCCCCGGCAAAAAAGAAAGAAGUGGUUGCACCACCACCGCUGGAUGACUCAGAUGAUGUGGACUUCUACUCCCAGGAUCUGGAUAUGAUGGACACACUGGCCGGACAGGAUGCCGCAGUGGAAUCGGACAGCAGUGACACGAUGGAGUCGGCUCUGUCGGGAUUCGAGAACGAGAACACGGACACGAUCAAGAAGCAGCCCAUGAAGCUGAGUCCUGCCAGGACCAACACUGAGAUGAACCAUCCAGAGAUUGUGGGCAAAGCCUCGGGCAGCAGAGGCUCCGCCAUCAUGGACGGUAGAGCUGAUGUUGUCAUGAGAGAGCGGGGCAAAGCAGGUACUGCAAAGAAGGACCGAGAUUCUCAAGGCUUUGGUGAAGUUUCCCUUCAAUUAGCGGACAUCUUGAACAGCAUGGGCUCCGAUGACCCACUGGCUAGCUUUGCAGCCAAUGCCGAGGCUUCAGCCAAGGCCAGAAUGUCACCCAUCCAAUCACUCUCUCCCACUCAACCUGCUCCGACAGCCAGCCAAGAGCCAGCUGAAUCCAAAGACAUCUUCACCGACAUCGAGUCCAUGUUCAAUGAUCUCACCUUUGACCUUGAGAGCAUGAUGAAUUGACCUUAGGUCAAUGACCCCAAGUAACCCUUUUAAUUAUAUCUUCAGGCUAGGAUAAUAAUAAUGGUUAGAGAUUGCAAAAGAAAAGUCAACUUAUCCCUGGUCUGUUUUUCGAAUGUCCCCUUUUGAAAUAACAGAGAAAAUAUAUGAAGAUUUUUUUUUGUUUGGUUAAUGUGUGUCCUUUACCAAAAGAAUUGGCUUAAAGUCAUGAUUGAUUACUUUUUAUUGAGCGACUGUGGUACAUGUAUGUUCUUAUGUUCUAAUGUCAAACAUUAACUUCUGUGCGUAGACCAAAUUUUCUGUAUCGUCGUGAUAUUUCCAAAAAGAUGCACUGCUUUAUCUCUCGCUUAAAAAGUGUUCCAGAUGAAUGUCGAUAAGUAAACAAAUUCUUCACACCCGACGAAUAAAAUUGAUUAGUACUAGUUAUCGUUCUCAUUGCUUAAUAAGGUGAAUAUGCAAGUGUUUAAAAAAGCAAUUUAUGUCAAAUUUGUUUUACUGUUUGUGAUUUUAGAAGAAAACACAAUGGCGGUAGAGGGCAUAUAAAAAUGCAAGUUCAGUGUUUGUAACGUGAGCCAGUUUUGAGCCCUGUGGUUAUUCACCUUAAGUCCAUGCAGCUGGUAAGUUAAAUUUUGGACAUAACCUUGGAAGGAAAAAAAAUCACCUUCGAUAGCCACAAGUUAUGAAAUUUGGCAAUUUUGCUUAUAAAGUUGUUCAGAGACAUGAAUAAGAUGUGGUUUAUUACGAGUGUACCAGUACUGAAAAAAAAUUGUUGGAGUCGCAUUCAAAUCAUCGUGUUAAAGUCAUCACAAGUCAAUCAAAGUCAUCCAAACAAAAACUUCAAAAAAAUUUAAAAUGUUGACAGCUCACGGUAUGCAUCUUUAAUGUAUGUUUCUUCCGUUUUUGCCUACCCUGAAAAAAAAAAGGAAUUUGUUGCAUUUUGCUGGCAAUAAAACACCUUUAAAGCCUUGGUAUAUUAUUAAAUGAUUUUUUUUAUGCAUAAUUUUUUUUAAGCAAAUAUGAUUUUUAGAUAAAAAAAAAAAUCAGUUUUUAAACUAUCCUUCGGUUGAUGAGCAGUUGGAAAUUUCAAAAUGGUCAGCGAAGUCAUUGAACUAAAACAACAACAAACAAGCAAAUGAACAAACAAAAAAAACGUACAUACAUUGCGUUCUUUAAUACAGCAUUAGCAAAGAAUCUGUUUUGGAGAAAUGUGUUUUUUAUAGUUAUUGAUUUCACGCUAAAUCUAAGUUUUCUUCUCAAUUUGUGUCAUUGCUUCGAAUGUAAUACUGACUCAUGUACUCUAGUUUCUCUAAUGGUUCAAAGAACAAUAUUUGCAAGCAAAAAAAAAUGCAAACUUUGGAGUAAUUACUUUCUUUGAUGUAAGUUUUCUUGAAAAGCUUUGAUAGAGUUACAUGUUAAUAUGCAAGAGUCCAAUGUAAAAACAAAAAUGUCCGUUUAACCGAACAAAAGCUAUUCCAAACAAAGGGAGUUGCCGAAUUGAAUGAUAGUUUUUUAAAUGGCAGCGUUGAGAUGAAUUUCUACAAAUUUGCAUGUGGAACUUUUAUUUAAUUAAUUUUUUAUUGAGUUUUAUGUCUCCUCGCACCUUGUUGCAUUUGGCUAUGUGACAACUUAAUAUUGUAUGUAAAUGAAUUUCCUAAAGAACAAACAAAUCUUUAUUUUUGGGGUCGAUAGACUAUUUAUAAUGAAAGUAUAUUUAGUGAUUGGUUUUCUUCAGGUAAAGGUUUGUAUAUUUGUUUUUGUUCACUGCCAUUGGAGAUGCUUUCCUGUUAUGUUUUUCGUUUUGAGCUAGAGUUUGGAUCCGUAGGUAAUGCAAAGUGUGUACAUGUAUAUUUAUUCAGCAACUUGUUUUAUUCGUAAUAAGGCGCUCCAUGGGGAAUCUUGUUUAUGCCUUAAAAGAAAACGUUUCACAUCGGCCGCAACAUCUUAAAUUAGUUCAUUUUAAUUCCUCGGGUAUUUUGGGUGACCUGUCCCCUUUUGUUUCUAGUUAUUGAAAGUGACUAACUAUACAAGUGUUUGAAAGCAGUAUUUACGGUAAAACUGUAAAACGUUCCAUAGAAAUUCGUGUGGAUAUUUUUGGAGGGGGGGGGGGUGGUGGUGCGAAGCUUCUUGAAAGACAUUGAUAUUUCUUGUUUUAAGUCUAUUUCGAGGAAUUCUAAGCUUAACCUAUCACACAAGGUCGCGGGUUAAUCUUAAUUGGUCGUGUAUUAUUCUGCAAGCUACAAUCGAAUGUGUCUCGUUAUUACGAGCUCGGUUAUGACGGGACUCCGGUUAAGACGAGCAUAUUUCGCCAGUCUCGACCUUAGUGUGCACAUUCCUAGGAGGAAAUUAACUGCUUAAUACGAACUUUGGUAAAAUGAGAAUUCGGUUAAGACGAGUUUUUGACCCCUCGUGUGCAAAUGCAUUUAUUUAUCUCAACGAGCGUUUGGGGAAACACUUGUCAGUCAGUGCACCAUUCAAUAAUGUACUUCACUGUUUUUGUUAAGAAGUUGAAGUCUUUUACAUUGACUCUCCUGUUUCUGGGUACCGUAGUAGAUGUACACGUAGUUCGUUGUAGGCGUUUCGGUGUUCCACUUUUCCAACAGACUGCAUGUGUACAUAACCAGAGCUUUAUAUAAGAAGUCUUGAGAACCGAUAUUUUAUUAUUUCUGACAGUUCAACUGUGUUCCAAGGAGAAAGGUCUCUGAUUGGAGAACAAAAUGAGAAAAAUCAGCUAUGCACCGAUGUUUGUUGCCUAUGCAACAAAACAAAAACAAUGCUGCCGACGGUUAAGAGGAGUAAUGAUUUGUACGGAUGAAGAACUAACAAGAAACAGAUUUUUUUUAUUCUUCCUGAUUUUAUCUGUCAGACUUUACUUCUGUUUUUAGUCAGAUUUUCCUUAUGUCUGGUGGAGUUGUUAGCAACUGACUUAUGCUCGCGUACUGUACAUGUAAUUUAUACAACGAAGGUUCUUUGAAACGAUACAAUGUGAUUAUAUAUACGUUUAUGUUAUACAUUGUAUAUUAUGGGUAAUAAUGUACAAUAGUUAAUACUAUACAAAAACUGUAUACUCGUGUAAGUAAUGAAGUUGUGUCCAAACAUACUGAUGUAGUCUUGGUCCGUACAUCGAACGGCAUUGCACAAUCGUACAGUGCAUUUUGAUUUCAGCCAUUGGCGGGAAACACAAAGUUUAACUUCGUUUAACAGCGUGAACAAAAACUGUUAUAAUUAUGCAAGGUGUGUGCAAAGUAUAAUUGUUAAGGUCGUUUAUGUAAUUACCGACAGUAUUUGUGUUUGCCCGAUAAGCAAGAAUGCUAAGGCCUAAUUCUAACUUGAGUAUCUUAUCGAUCAGUGUACCAAUAUUAUACAUUUAUGUUACUAUUGUAAAAAAUAAAAACCAGGAGUUACUUCAUUGAAAACUGUGUUUGAUAUAUAUAGAUAAUUAUGAAUUUAAGUGAACUAAUAAAAGUACUUCUGGGGCUUCCGGAAAAAGAAAAGUGA